GUAGCUAAAGAGAUCAGAGUAGCACUCCAGAGUCUGUGAGCUGUGAGAGAUAUCCAAAAGGGAAGUAACUGUACAGUAGCCAGAGAAAGGAGGAUAGAGCUUUUCACUAAAGCUAUAUAGCAUCCAUGUCUCUAAUAUAGCUUGUGAAGGACCCUCAUAGAAACUGGGAGAGAGAAAAACCUUUUAUAUUCUCACAGAUUUUUCUCAGUGUUAUUUGGAUUAUGCAUAUCUGUGCAUUCCACUUCACUGGACCUGGAUGCAGGAUCUAGCCAGCCAGAAUCCAGCAAGUCAGCUGGUCCUAUCAGUUUACCCCAAAGGGGCUUUUUUCCUCCCUUUUUCUCUUCUAUUUGUUUGAAAUGCCCAGAUGAGCAAGCAGCUGAAGCAAGAGGCAGUCGGUCAGCUGCAUAGUGAGCACAGGGGACCAGGAGGACCGUCGGUAAAGUACAGGCAUCUUAAAAUAGAAAUAUAAAAGGAGGAGAGGAGGAGGAGAGUGUUGUGUGGCAGAGCUGUGGUAUGCCCUGCUCUGUGCCUAGCAGUAGCAUGGCCGUGAUACAGGAGAAACAGAGGGAGACCCCCAGCAAGAAGCCAGUAUCCCAAGAAGACAGAAAGGGGCUUUCUACCAGAGAUAAUCAAGGCAACCAGAAGGACAGCAGAUCCGGGAGACAGGGAGAAAAAGGCAAUGACGACAUGAAGCCCCGUAAUUCAGAGAAGAGGAGAGCAGUCAUAUGUGUCCCUGCCUCCAUCAAAUCAGCUGUGAUCAGUAACAACACAAGUAGCCAUGGAAACCCAGCAGGCCCACAGGCACUGAAGGUUGAUGAGAGACUGAGACUAGCGAAAGAGCGGAGGGAGGAGCAUGAGAAACAACUUGUGUCCAAAGAGCUGGGUUGGUUGGCUCGAGAGGAGAGGGCCAGGCGUCUCUAUGAACAACAGCUGGAGGAGAGGAAGAGGAGGCUACAGGAGCAGAGAGAGAAGGAGGAGAAGAGGAGGACUGCUCUGGAGCGGAGGGAGGAGCAUCAGAAACAGCUUGUUUCCAGAGAGCUGGGCCGGUUGGCUCGAGAGGAGCGGGCCAUGCGUCACUAUGAGCAGCAGAUGGAGGAGAGGAAGAGAAGGCUUCAGGAGCAGAGAGAGAAGGAGGCGAGGAGGCGCACCGCCGUGGAGGAGAAGAGGAGGCAGAGAAUGAAGGAGGAAUCAGAGCGCUAUGAGUCUGUGGUGAAGAAGACCUUGGAGAAGAGCCAGAGGAUUAAGCAGAGACUCAGCCAGGGCUCUCGAGGAAGGAAGACCGAUAACAAGAGCGCUCCUCGCCGCUCCCCCCUGACUGCCUGGGAGAGGGCUCUGGUCAGUCGCCUCCUUACCCCGACCUGCUCCUACCUAGCCAGGAGCAGGAGCAGGAGUCAUAAUUGUCAGUCAAGAGAAGAAGAAGUUGUCCAUAUUUGUCCCCGUUCAGUUUCAUGCCACUCCAUGCCUGCCACUGCCACCAACUCUCACAAAUCACCACGCCGCUCUGGCACAACUGACCACCACCUGGUGCAGGCAGACCUCCGGACAGACUACCGGGCUGACUACCGGUCUAUCAUCCAGGCAAACUACCAGGUAGCGACCUCCCCCAGUCCCAGACGUACAAGCCAUAGAUCCAUCAAUGCGGCACAGUUAAAAGCAGCACAGCAGGAGGAAAAUGAGAGGACGGCCAGGAGGAGUACUCAGCAGCCUCACAUACCCAAUGCUCCCUUGAAAGCAUUACCCACAAACCCACUACCCAACACUGGCGUGAAAGUGUUACCCACAAACCCACAGUGCAGCGCAGAACGCAAACCUGUGAUCAGACACACAUCUGUGAUCAGACAGCCCCUAUCACAGCAGUUAGAGCUGGAACUGGACCCUGUACCAGAGGAGGACACUGUUCCUGUCCCCGACCCUACCCUCUCCCCUGGGAACUCACAGGCCAGCCAGACCAUCGCUCCUGGGGAUCCAGUCCCCAACCAUACCCUGUCCCCUGGGAACUCACGGCCCAUCAGGACCCCAGCUGCAGUGUGGGACCAGGUCCAACCAUUCCUACACUCCCCAGAACCUCAGACACAGAGAGAAACCACACUUAGUACUGAAGGCAGUGCAGAUGAGGGUGAGCAUCUGAAAGUGAAAGCCCUCCCUCCUGGAGCCACUCCCAGCCCAAGGCCCUCUGCUGGCACCAUGGACCCAGAGGAGGCCUCGCGUCUCCUGGCUGAGAAGAGGAGAGAGGCCCGCCUGAAGAGAGAGAGAGAGGAGGAGGAAAGCCUGCGCAGAGAGGAGUUUGAGAGGCGAGGCAGAGAGGAGCUGGAACGCAGGAGGGUAGAGCAGCGAGCACGGCUAGAGGCUGAGGCCAAGUGGCUGGUAGAGGAGAGGAAGAGGAGGGAGGAAGAGGAGCAGAAACAUGCAGAGGAGGAGAGAGCCAGUGCAGAAGAAGAGAAAGCCCUCAGAGCCAUGCAGGAAGCUGCUCUCCUCCAGAAACAGAGAGAGGAGGAAGAGACCCAGGCCAGGGAGAAGGCAGAGCAGCAGAGGCUGGAGAGAGAAAAACACUUCCAGGAGGAGGAGGAACAACGACAGGAGAGAAAAAAGCGACUGGAGUUGAUCAUGAGGAGAACUAGGAAAGAAAAGCCUAUCCUGAAUGGGAACUCAAACAGUAACUCCUCCUCUCCAGAGGAAGCCCAACCAAAAGAGAACACUGAACCUGUUAAGAAUAGCAAAGGCACUUUAGAAGAGGUCGGGACAGGGACCAAGCCGUCCAAGCUAGGUCUGUGUGACACAGAAGACAUGGUUCCUGUUGUGGCCUUCAAAGAACGCAGGUCCCUGAGAACUCUGACAGGCAUGGAGGAGAUCCAGUCCCAUCAGCGAGCAGAAGUUAUCUGAGUAUCGUACAGAUCAAAGAGGGGAGACAACCCAUCCAAGAAUCUUUCCACAGCUGUGGUGUUUUUUCCUUUCAUCAACAAAGAAAAAAAUAACUGCAGUCUUUUUCCUG